AUGGAUGACAGUACGGACAUUUCCAUCCCUGGUCGUGGCUUCAUUCCUGCUCUGCUGGGUGGAGCUAUGGCAGGAACAUCUGUGGAUAUUGCGUUGUUCCCGCUUGAUACUAUCAAGACACGACUGCAAUCUGCUCAUGGAUUUUUCAAGGCUGGUGGUUUCCGAGGCAUUUACUCGGGCUUAUCUGCUGCAGCUGCUGGUUCGGCUCCAGGAGGCGCUUUGUUCUUCAGCACUUAUGAGACUUCCAAGUCAAUAUGUGGCAUGGUCGCUCCGAACCAGCAACAUUCUCCUCUUAUUCAUAUGGCAGCUGCUGCUUCGGGGGAAAUGGCGGCAUGUCUAGUGCGCACGCCCACCGAAAUUGUCAAGCAGCGCAUGCAGACGGGUGUCUACAAGUCAUUACCAGAAGCAUUCCAUGCGAUUCGCGUGGCUGAAGGUCUGGCAGGGUUUUACCGAGGAUACUGGAGCAUGAUUGCACGAGAGAUUCCCUUUUCAUUCAUCCAGUUUCCGCUUUGGGAAAGUUUAAAGUAUCAAUGGUCGAAGAAACAGAACGCCCCCGUGUCCUCUCUCCAAGGAGCUGUUUGCGGAUCGAUCGCUGGUGGAGUGGCAGCGUCCAUCACGACCCCACUCGACGUGGUUAAGACGCGUCUGAUGCUCGGCAAGGACGCCAAUGGUGUUCCUUACAAGGGCAUGCUGAGUACGCUAUUGCGUGUUUACACUGACGAAGGAUUGAAACGUCUGUUCUCGGGUGUGGGUCCACGCACAAUGUGGAUCAGCAUUGGCGGCUUUGUCUUCUUUGGUAUGUAUGAGAAAACCACCUUGACAUUCGCAGCAAUCAUGUAG